AUGUCUUGGGCUCUUAAAUCGAAAUGGCACAAAAUCUGUGACACUGUCUCUCAGUGUCUCCCAGUGUCUCCCAGUGUCUCUCAGUGUCUCCCGGUGUCUCCCGGUGUCUCUCGGUGUCUCCCGGUGUCUCUCGGUGUCUCUCGGUGUCUCUCGGUGUCUCCCGGUGUCUCCCGGUGUCUCCCGGUGUCUCCCGGUGCAUCUCGGUGUCUCCCGGUGUCUCUCGGUGUCUCUCGGUGUCUCUCGGUGUCUCUCGGUGUCUCUCGGUGUCUUUCAAUGUCUCCCGGUGUCUCUCGGUGUCUCUCAAUGUCUCCCAGUGUCUCUCGGUGUCUCCCGGUGUCUCUCGGUGUCUCCCAGUGUCUCUCAGUGUCUCUCGGUGUCUCUCGGUGUCUCUCAAUGUCUCCCAGUGUCUCUCAGUGUCUCUCAGUGUCUCUCAGUGUCUCCCAGUGUCUCUCAGUGUCGCUCAGUGUCUCUCCCUGUCUCUCGGUGUCUCUCCCUGUCUCUCACUGUCUCUCAUCAGUGUCUCCCAGUGUCUCUCAGUGUCUCCCAGUGUCUCUCGGUGUCUCUCGGUAUCUCUCAGUGUCUCCCGGUGUCUCUCGGUGUCUCUCGGUGUCUCCCGGUGUCUCCCGGUGUCUCUCGGUGUCUCUCAGUGUCUACCAGUGUCUACCAGUGUCUCCCGGUGCAUCUCGAUGUCUCUCUGUGUCUCUCGGUGUCUCCCAGUGUCUCUCAUUGUCUCCCGGUGUCUCUCGGUGUCUCUCGGUGUCUCUCAAUGUCUCCCAGUGUCUCUCACUCCCGGUGUCUCUCGGUGUCUCUCGGUGUCUCCCGGUGUCUCCCGGUGUCUCUCGGUGUCUCUCAGUGUCUCCCAGUGUCUCCCAGUGUCUCCCGGUGCAUCUCGAUGUCUCUCUGUGUCUCUCGGUGUCUCCCAGUGUCUCUCAUUGUCUCCCGGUGUCUCUCGGUGUCUCUCGGUGUCUCUCAAUUGGGAGUCCCUAG